GCCAGGUCACCAUGGUGGAGACAGGAGCUGAUUGGGCCGAUGCUCAGGACUGUGAGGUUUUGGUUAUUUUGCAGCCAGCAGAGAGAACAUUCCUGAUCUGAUCCCGGCUGCUCGCCCUGCCUCCCUCCAGACCUCCUCUCCUCCAAGCCACAAGUGUUUGAUUCGCUGCCUGGUCCUGCAUGUUAAUGAGCAGAGGCAGCGUGGAGCGGUUUAAAGCUGGCUCAGCCUCCAGACGGAGCGGCAGGAGAGUUGGAGACGCAUCCAAAGCGCGCAGGACGCACAGACGGAGUUCAGAGCGACGACAAGCAGAAAACCUUCCUUCCUUCCUUCCCUGCAAGUGGAUUUAAUCUGCAGCCACCAACGUCCGUCCAGUUCGCAUUUCCUCCUGACCGCUGAGGAAUCCAGUCUGUGGAACUUCUGUUUUUCAGAACCAGUAUUUCACGCCAUGCAUCGGUGCAAAGUGCUGCUGCUGCUGCUCAUCCUGCACUUCCUGAGCGCAGAAGCCUAUAAGUGCAGAUGCACCAGAAAAGGACCAAAGAUCAGAUAUAAGGACGUUCAGAAGCUGGAGAUCAAACAACAUCCCUUCUGCCAAGAGAAGAUGAUAUUCGUCACCAUGGAGAACAUGUCUCGGUUCAAAGGUCAGGAGUACUGCCUGCACCCCAACCUGCAGAGCACCAAGAACCUGGUCAAAUGGUUCCGCAUCUGGAAGGACAAGCACAGGGUGUACGAAGCCUAAGUCGUCCAUCUCUCCAGAACAACAAGGAUCAAGUGAUCCAGACCGGGACAGAACCAGAACUGUUCUGAGAAGAAGACCUGCUGCAUCUGUAGUCUGUAAAUAAUCUGACGGGAUUAUUUUAGUUUCCCGUCCAGGUAGUUCCAUUACUCACAUCGUUCCCGGCCUCCACGGCCUCGUCAGGUUUUAUUUAAAGAACCGUCUCGGUUAUUUUACCUCCUCGGAUUCUACCAACGCGAGUCGGUUCAGGUUCUGCAGAAACACACAAACCAACAACAUGUUCACAUGAAACACACAAACCAACAUGUUCACAUGAAACACACAAACCAACAUGUUCACAUGAAACACACAAACCAACAACAUGUUCACAUGCAGCCAGAGAAACGAUUCGUCAUUCAUUCAAUACAUUCGAUCCUUUUUCUAGAAAAGAUACUGACAUUCUGGAAGAGACUGUGUGUGUGUGUUUGUGUGUCCAACUAGCACAACACUUUCCACCAUGUUGUUUGUAAAGUAUUCUCUGGUUUAGUUGCAGGUCGUAGGUCACAGGUCGUAGGUCGCAGGCCGUUCUGCAUGGACAGCUGUGUUUAUGUGAGUUAAAGUAUAAAUAAUGCGAAUCUCUCCUGUUCUAUUCGUCUGUUAGGUUAAGAUUUGUUAUUUCAUCCAAACAGUUUUUAUUUGUUCAAAGCAUCAGUUAGAUUUGCUCCUUUAACCACAGAUGGAUCCUCUUCUUCAAUCUUCAUCCUGUCUGUAUUAUUCUUAUAUAUCAUUGAAGAGGUCAAAUAAAAUCUUUAAGAUCUAAAAUGAAA